CAACUGACCUUCAUACCUCACAUCCAUUGAUAUUGCGGUUCACGACACGGUGUUAGAACCUCACAAAGGAAGAUCAGGAUAAUCACAGCUGUUUUAUGGUGCCACUUUCUCUCGUCUGGCCUUCAUUCGACGUGACGAAAUUUGAGACAUCAUGUCCGAUGAGACAGCACCGCAGCCCAGUCCGCCAAACAACGCCAACGGCGCGGACAAUGACACGGGCGUUGUGGUAGAAGCUACGACCCCUGUCGAGCCACAGCCCUUCUCCUGGCUCCAACCUCAUCCGAUCUUUGUCAUCGCCCUCGUCGGCCCAGAGGAGACGCCCUUCGGCAUCCAGAAGGAUUUCUUAUGCGCCAAGUCGUCCUUCUACAGGAAAUACUUCGACGAGAACUCCAACGAGAGCCUCGAGAACAUUGUGAAGCUGCCCGACACGCCGGUCGAGGUCUUCGCCUAUGCCCAGAACUUCCUCUACACUGGACACGUCUUCCCCAGUCUGGACAACCUCCCUAGCUAUGAGGUCCUGAUCGGCGUCUGGAAGCUGGGCCACGAGCUGGGCAUCGACGGGCUCUGCGACGCCACGCUCGAGGCGAUGGCCGAGUGCCGCCGCGUGACGCAACACAUCCCCGCGAGCCCGCUGCUCGUCCAGGUCUGGAAGGACACGCCCGAGGGGUCCUCGAUCCGCAAGCUCCUCCUAUCGUGGGCCGCCGAGUAUAUGAGAUCUAGCGAGUCCCGAGCCGAGUUUGCUCGGUCGCUCCCGCAGGAGGUCUUGAGCGAGCUGGUGGUGACGAUGAGCUCGCUGGAAUGCUCGCCCGUCGCCACCGAGGCCGCGGCCUCGGAUUCCACGUCUGGCGCCCAGCGUCGCUCGGUGACGAAUGCUGAGCUGGAUGAGGCCGACGGGCGCCCGGCAAAGAAGCACCGUACAUCGGACAGUAUGGUCAACGGAGCCUAUUCCGCUGCUAGUCCCGGCCGGAAGCCAGGCCCUCGGGCGUCCCUAUCAGCAGCCAAGGCCGCAUCAAAAGGGCCCAGACGCCGGGCUAGCGCAGCCACCGCUGCAAGCCAGCAGUUCUCUUCCAACCAGAAACUCAACUUUUGCGCCGACCUCCUUGGCCGGAUGCUUUCCGGGCCAGGCUUUUGGACGCGCGUAGUAGGGCCAUUCAAGGACCCCGUCGACCCGGAGCGCGACGGCGUGCCCGACUACCUGGACGUGAUCAAAAAGCCGAUGGACCUGAGCACCAUGAAGGCCAAGAUGGACCGGCACGAGUACGCGGACGAGAACGAGUUCCUGGCGGACAUGAACCAGAUCUUCACGAACUGCUACACCUACUGGAACGAGCAGGACCCCAUGUGGGCGGCAUGCGAGAAGCUGCAGAAGUCGUUUGAGGAUAAGUUCGGCCAGAUGAACAAGUGGAUCGCCAAGAUGGAGGGGUACGAGGGGAACUAAUUGUGGGACAUUGGGGGGUUGUAUGUGCUUAAGAGAGGGUAUCCAUAGCCGAGAGUUUCGUUGAGCGUUGCUGCUGCUUUGCUUCUCUCUGAACCUUUCGCUGUCAGCGUCGGGGUUUGUAGGUUUUGGGUCGCUGAUCUUGGGGCUGGGUCUUCGCCUAGACAAUGGAUUGGAGAGGGCCAGGGACGUGCUUAAGGAUGGUCCGGACACAGAUUGUAAGAUGCGGCGUGUAUGUGUAUUAACAUUCUUCGGUGACGGCAAUACCCCGGAGCUCUAGGAACAGGUGCUAAUGAAUUAAUCACGGGCCAUGGCGAUGGCCAGUAUUUGGCGCACAGACAAGGAAUCGUAGUUCACGG